AUGAACAUCUCAGCUGAGCGUCGCAAGGCAGACAACGAAAGAACUCUGAUGACUUACUACACAUCUAAACUGUACACACCGCGUAACAGCAGCGUCACCAGCGGAUCUUCUGAACGCUCUUGUGCUAGCGAUAACUCUAAGAAAAGCGCCCGAAUCAAACAUGUCAUGAAGAAUAUGCAUCGGACUCCGAGUGGGCACAAGACGCCGUUCCGGGGUACCAGCGAUGAGGCUAAAUUCAUACCAGAGGUUUUUUCCAAGGGCUAUAUGAAUUACUGCUCUAGGCUGCCGCUUCCUAGUUCGGAGAACACAGAACUCAUCAAAAAGCAAAAUAUGUGGAUUCCAAUCAUGAAGUGGGACCUAACAGACGACUCGGCGAGAAAUGAGGGUCCUGUACUCUCCUCUAACUCUGGUGAAGGUUUCAACUAUUUCACGACAUCCCUCGAAAAAAAUGCAUGCAUUUACCGAACUAGUAAUGCCAAACUCGGAAACGUGUACGUGGGAUCGCUCAAUAGACCCCCACUUUUUGGUGAGAUCAAACUCCCGCCUUUUACCUAUCAAUGCACUGUCGACCUUGGAGAUAAGAUUUACACUCUAGGAGGCCUCACUCCCUCAUACUGCUACAGUGAUGAGAUGCCAGACCUAAGUUGCUACAACGUCGAUGGAGUACCCAACUUGCCGCCACCUUUGUUGGAUUCGAUUGUGAACAAUCCGAGCAUGGUUAAUAACCACGACCUUUACGUCAUAUCUUCUGCCACUUCCAGAGUAGCCAAACCUACUGUCUCGGGCCACAUCCCACCUCCCUUACUUUGUAUGACAGGUUCAGCUCUUACAAAGCGCCAUAUUUUCUUCUAUGGAGGAUUUGAAAUAAAAACGGAAACGUUGAAAGAUGAAAGCACAGGCGUGUUCUACUUAAAGAAAAGGGCAGUACUGAGCAAUCGAGCAUACAUCUUAGAUGUCGUAACAUUCAAGUUCAUGAAGGUCGACCUCGUUGCCCAACCCACGAAAUUCAACUCCUACCCAUCUAUUGAGCCACGCUUUGGCCAUUCUCAGCUUUCCCUAAAAAUAAACACCACCGUGAAAUGCGCAGCGUGUGCGACUGCGGCUGGUACAGAGAACAAGUUUGAAGAAGCGAAGCGAGAUAUUGAUGACUCUUCACCCUCCUCAUCGCAGCCUAUUGAGGUGCGCUCUCAGUCUGAAAAUUCUCUUUCAACUGACAGAAACACCAAUAGUAAGCUAUCUAUCUCUACGAGCAUGGGUGUGUCGACAAUCUUGAUCUUGGGUGGAUACCGGCAGGGCGAAGAUGAUGACUUUGAGACGUUAAACGAACUUUGGAAAAUAGAAGUAACCGUGAUAGCACGAGGGAAAAAAAACUACUUCAAAUUCGCCGAUACAGCUCUUGCAACACCUUUUUCCAGCUUUCCUGAAGACACCGAGGGUGAAAAAUGGCCUGCUCGUCGAGCCUUCCAAGCAUGCGAAAUAUAUGAAAAUGGCCUGCUGAAAAAGCGAUCGUCGGAAGACGAAUUAUUGACCAACUUGAGGAAGAACUUCACCAUUGAGCCAGAACGGCUUACUCCGACAAGUCCAAACGAGAAGCCAGGUGGUUUUUUUGGUCAAUACGACACACUUGAACAACAACAGCAUCAUCAUCAGCAUCAUCAUCACAACAAUGUCAUCAAUGACAUAGACUUACCUCUGACGUGUAUUGCUCAAAGGCAUGUCCAAGGACCGCAAAGCAUUUCCCAAACGCUGGUAAUACAUGGCGGCUCCGACAAAUCAUUUGUAUUUGGCGACUUAUGGCUUUUCGACCUUGAUACGGAGACAUGGACGCAAGUCGCUACAUACAAAGACAGUUGUGGGGACGAAGAGCACCAAACAGAAGUUGGUCUCACUUUAGUUGGACAUAAACUCGUUCAGGUUUCUGCAAACGCCGUUUUAGUGGGUGGUUUUACUCAGGACGACGUAAACAAGCACUGGACCAACAAAAGCUCCUUCAAUUUCAAAAGGUUCAGUGCUCCAUCUUCCCCUGUGGCAAGCUUGUAUCUACUCGAUUUACAAUCUUCAAUUUUCGAGCAGUUUUGCGUCUACAACGAGCGUCGGCUCGAGUUUGACGACACAGGUACCCAAUUGUGCGAGCAAAUGCGGUUGAUUUCCACGUCUGUGAUCUACAAAAACGGAUUGCUCUACCUGAUAGGUGGAAUUCUGUGCAAUUUUCAAGAUCUGAAUAAAGUAUACCUGCGUAGUACACUCACUACGUGCAUUUUGCCCAUCAUAGCCACGCCUCAGACCGUCGCCAUAUGA